UGGCACAGUUGGUGCCCCGUCAAGGGAAGCGACGGGCAAAAUGUGGUGUGGUCCCCCUUCCCCGUACGAGGCGCCCCCUAUCCCCAGCUCGUGGAGGCAUCGUUGACCUCCUCGCUAGAGGUGGCACCCCUGGCAGCGCUGGUGCGGAGGGAUCGGCUGACGAAACCUGUGCAUGUCCGCCGCCGCCUGGUCGGGCCCCAAGCCGGGGUGGCGUGGCGUGUGCACCGCUGGUGGGUUCAGGAUUGAUCUGGCCAGGGAGCAGUGGACAUGUGGGGCGCUCCAGGAAGCAAAAGUCAAGCCUUCUCGGCGCAAGGAUUACCACUGCCGUUCCCUUUCGAGCUGGGUCGCGAUUCCCAGCCUGACCGCGCGCAAUGGUUUCUUUGCAUCUCUCGCCCGUGCCGUACCUGAUCCCCAACAACGCUGCGACCAACCAUAUCGAGACCCAAGGUGCUGCUGCGAUUGCCAAGGAUGACGAGGCCAUCGCAAGUACACCCAGCAGAGAGCAACCUCUGGUCGAGUACGAUUUGGGCACCCCUGCUGUGAUGAUUCGGUGGUGCACCCACGCGUCGCUCCCUGUCGGUAAGGUGAGCGCUGACCAACCGCCCAACUGGUCUGAACUUCCAAGUGCUGCGUGCAUAACGAUUUCGAGCUACUGGGAGGAGCAAGGGCAAUGGGGAGGCGUUGUGCCCUCGUCGUGCUACGUGCGGUACGUCGUUGGAGAUCAUGUGUUCCUCAGUUGCCGUCGUUGCUUCGCCAAGGACAUAGACUCAGCCAUCAUGUGCGCCACUUUCGGCAACACUUUCCGAUCCUCUGUGACUUCGCAUCGACUCGUAAUUUCACCCUUCCCUGCGCCCGACGGUGCUCAGUAUGUUGAGUAGGCUUUGCUAUGGAACAAACUGUGCGCCUCGAGACAGCGCUGGUCUACGGCAUGUCUCGCUACGAAUGGAAAGACACAGCCCGUUUUUGGACUUUUUCGGGCCCCGCCCUGAAGGGAUGCGCCUCCAGCUUAUACUUUAGGCGAUCCUUUCCUCUACUGCCCGCAAGUGUUAGCGAUUCCAAUGCGUGUGCUACAAGCAAAAUUUCGGCCUUGCAGGUGGCCGGCCCGCCCCAGAGGGGGCUCGGAGCGCCUCUUCUGCAGUGCCGCCUCCGCAGACGCGGGGGCGCGCAGGGGUGGAGCUGCGGAGCUUGAGAGGCGACCGCCUUUCUGUACCCGUUCCGACGCCCCCUUGCGUAGCCUCCGAGGGCCUUCACUCUCGAUCUGAGCAGCCAUAUCGUGCGCCGAUGUCCGGUAGACUUUUACCAGGCCCCACACGAAGCGUCCGUCCCGAAUAGUUGGGCGCAGAGCUGUGAAAAGAAAGGAAGCAAAAGUCGACCUCCCGGGAAAUGGCAAACUUUUCGGGUUCAGGGUUUCCGGCGUCGCCCGUGUGUAGAUCUCGUCGCUCUACGAGGGACGCGGCGCUCCCGCUGCCGCCCUGCCUCGGCGAUGCCACGGCAUUCGCCUCCACACUCUCCCCCUCCCCAAAGGUGCGGGGGCCGCGCGCGGCCACGCCGAUCGGCGGCGUGGUCGGCGGUCUCGCGCCAGGAGCGCACGCCGCGGCGCUGCAGCCCCGAGGCGGGGCGGCGGUUCCGCGGGCCAGAGAUCCGACGCCAGGGAGG